UAGGAUAAAGAUGGAGAUCGAGCUGUUCAUCAUGCAGCAUUUGGGGAUGAACCUGGUGUUAUGGAAUUAUUAGCUCGAGCUGGAGCUGAUCUAAAUGCUCGUAAUAAAAGGCGGCAGACACCUUUGCAUAUUGCCGUCAAUAAAGGGCAUGUAGGUGUUGUCCGAAGCAUUUUAGAACUUGGAUGCCGCCCAAGUCUUCAGGAUUCAGAAGGUGAUACACCCCUGCAUGAUGCAAUAAGUAAAAAACGUGAUGACAUGCUGACUUUACUUUUGGACAAUGGGGCAGACAUAUGUCUUACAAAUAACAAUGGUUUUAAUGCAUUACAUCAUGCAGCACUUCGUGGCAACCCAAG